AGGCUGUGCGCUGAAAUUCCAACGUGCACUUUCAUCUUCACCUCUGACUUGAAUUCUGGACGUUCUCGCGAUUUCACGCUGUUUACUGCGACACUCUGCCAUACAAACAGGUCUCGUCAUAGACAGACUUUGAUAACCGAGAGUGAACAUGGUGUUCAACGGUGGAAAUUGCUCGCAUGUCCCAGACUCUACACACACAGACGCUGGAGUAGCAGGUGCUGGAACCUUGCUCUCCUUCAUAAUAACAAAUUUCAUCUCCAUCCUCCUGUCAGCUACAAUAAUUCUCCUUGGGCUGCGCAAGUCGACUUCCGCGCCAAUAUGUCGCAAACUACUACAGUCCUUCUCCGAUCAACAGAUCUUGACCGGAAUCGGCAUUCAAUCCGUUGGGCUCGCGAAAAUGAAGACGAUGGUUCCAUAUCACUUCUUCAUCAUCUGGCUCCUCUCUUCACUCUCGACGGCAACCAAUUUGGCGACACUGCUAGCGUUGGUCAACGACUUCAAAAGAGACUGGGUACUCCGCUGGAUAAGGCAGAUUCUCAUGUUGAUUAACAUGUUUCUUGGCAUUCUAUCUGGAAUUUUCAUCCUACAAACCGUCCUCAAGAACAUGGAGCCCCGACUUCCCAUUGCCUGUGUCUGGGAAGUCGAAUCUCGAGGCUCCUCGUCCAACGCCGCGCUCAGCAUUGCAGGCACGAUUGCCGUCAUAGCUGGUCAGGGCAUCGUCUUCAUUCUGUCCACCUGGUACCUACACAACCGCUCGAACCCUCGCUGGCUGAAAUCGGUUCAAGUCGUCGGCCUCGCAACGUGUCUGGCAAUGGGUAUCGGCGCCACGGUGCGCGUUGUCUUGGAGUCUCAGGCCUUUGGCAGCCCACCCAAAUCUGUUAAUUUGGAAGGACCGAGCGAGGGAAGCUGGAGCUUUGGGCAGUUGCUACCAUUGUUGUUGCUUGCGCUACCGAUUAUUAGUACGGUGGAGAUCAUGAGGGGUGAAACCAAGACAACGCCGAGCAGAGUGGAUGACGAUAGUACACCGCUGUUUGGUGGAGGAGAUAUGGAGUUUCAGCCCCACCCACUGGCGGGUUCUGCGACGAGUCUGUUUAGGAAGUGAGUGAGCUGAGGGUAGUAUUGAUACUAGAUGAGCAUACUUGCCAAUUUCUAGUAAUUAAAGUCUCUAUUAAUGCAUUACAAUUACGUGUAGUCGCUCUUAAAAGCGUGAAGU